CUUUCUUCCUCCCGAGUUAAUUCGAUUCCGUCGCGAGCUGAAACCCUUCAAUUUCGAUCCCCUUUAUCAUCUUCCUUCUCAGCCAUGAGACGUCGGAGCUCGAUCCCUGCUCCGGUGGCGUCUCCUAAUGCCCCUUGCCUCGAUCACCCCGCAUUCUCCUACCUCCGCCAAAUUUUACCUCGGAGAGUCAGCCAACUCAUUGAGAUCCUGCUGGCGCUGGUCGUGAGGAAGGUGUGGGGUUUCGACCCGGACUUAACGGAAACAGAUCCUAGCCUAGGCAGCUGGCCAGUUUCCGCACACGAUUAUCAGCAACCGCUGUCCUUGGGCGAUCUCGAUCGGCUUCCUACCGAUGUGAUCGUGCAGAUACUGAAGCUUCUCGGGCCGAAGGAGGCGGCCGGGUCAAGCCUGGUGUGCAGCUCUUGGAGGGUUCUGGUGUCGGAUAAUAGACUGUGGAUCUUCUUCCUCAAACAUGGGAAAGAGCCAUUCGAGACGGUGAUGUUUGCUGAGACGCAAUUGAGAUCGGGGCCAAUGAUGUACCUCCUUUAUUCACAUCAAGUGUCCUUCUUGAACAUCUUUGCACGCCGUGCCAUGGUUCCAGGUUCUAUUAUUGUGGAUGGUGGAUCGGGUUAUUGCAAAUAUGGUUGGAGCAAGUACGCUGCUCCAUCUGGGCGUUGUGCUACAUUUUUGGAAUUUGGCAACUUGGAGACUCCAACACAUGCAAGGUUUCGGCAUUUUUUCUCUACAAUUUUUAGCAGAAUGCAGGUUAGGUCAUCAUCUCACCCGAUAAUUGUGUCUCUUCCUAUCUGCCACACUGAGGAUACUGAAGCUGCUCAAACGUCCAGAAGGCAACUUAGAGAGGCAAUAUACUCUGUCCUUUUUGAUAUGAACGCUCCUGCAGUUUGUGCAGUUGAUCAAGCUGUUUUAGCUUUGUAUGCAGCAAGAAGAACUUCUGGAAUAGUUGUUAACAUUGGUUUCAAUGUAACAUCAGUUGUCCCAGUUUUUAGAGGUGAAGUGAUGUAUGAAUUGGGCAUUGAAGUAUUGGGAUUUGGUGCUUCAAAAAUCACUGCAUUUCUCAAGGAACUAAUGCAACAGAGAAAUAUAAUUUUCCAAUCUCUAUAUACUGUUCGAACUAUCAAGGAGAAACUCUGCUACGUGGCCACUGAUUAUAAUGCAGAACUACUUAAAGACUCCAAAGGAUCGUGUGAGGUUGCAUCUGAGGGUUUGUUCACUCUAGCAAAGGAGCGUUUCCAAACUGGAGAGAUUCUUUUCCAGCCACAUAUUGCAAGAGUGCAUUCAAGGGGUUUGCAUGAAGCUGUGGCUCAGUGUAUAGAUCAUUGUUUCUCUUCAGAAGUAACAAGUGAUGAUGGAUGGUAUAAAACUGUGGUUUUGGCUGGUGGAACAUCAUGUUUACCCGGACUACCUGAGAGGUUGGACAAAGAACUCCUUAACCUCCUUCCUCCGCAAAUCUCUGAAGGAAUUAAAGUCAUACCCCCUCCAUAUGGCACUGAUUCUGCUUGGUUCGGAGCAAAGAUCCUCAGCAAUGUGAGUACCUUCUGCGACGCAUGGUGUAUUACAAGAGAUCAAUUUGCCCAGAAGUCUCAACGCAACAUAUGAUGAAAUUUCCAGCCCUCUGUAGCUUAUAGACAGACAGACAUUCUUCUCGCAGGAUGAAUGAUACACUUGCACUUUGUCAAUUUGUUUUUUAAUCUUUAUAGACAUACCCAAAAUUUUAGGGGAUUCAACAACAUCCAAAAAUACACAGUAGUCUACACCCAUUUGUUAUCAAUCAUCAGCUCCAAAAAGGCUUAAUACAGAUGUAAGCAUUCUUUACGAGGGAGUGUGCUAUUUAAUAGUAUAUUUUGCAACUAAUAAAGAACUCCAAAGUUCUAAUAAUGUGAUUUACAAUUGAUACACAUUGUAAACUGUGUGUUUUUCCAUGAAUACUUUCCUUUUCUCUUA